AUGCGUGUAUUUUUCUCCUACGCUUUCCUUCUCGCCUUUGUGAAGUUUUUCCCUUUUGAUGAGGGCCCAGUGGCUGUAUAUGGAACCUCCGCGGUGAGAUUGGAUGUGUCGCCUCUGGAGCAGAUUCAGACAAGAGAUGAUCUUGGGAACGUGGAGAGAUGGAUAGAGCACGGUGGACCUGCCUCUUUUGGCUCGGUGGAUAAUAUUUGCGACACUCGUAGUCUUGGUGCUCUGAGAGAGGAUGCCCUGAAAGCUAUGGAUCAUCUUAGAGUAUGGGGACUGGCAAAGAAGUUCCAUCGGGUCUUGAAGAGCUUUAAUGACGAUUAA